CUUAGUAAUUGCGUAUAUUCUCUGCGUGCUAUUUAUUAUAAAACAUAUUAUAUUAUUGUUAUAAAUAUAAAAAUAGCAUGUGUAUAGUGCCAUAAAAUAAUGUGAAUAAUUAUUGUGUCAAAUAUUACUUCCUAGUAGUGUUAUAAGGUGAUAUUAGUUAUGAACGAAAAUAUCCGAAUAACUUGAAACAGUAUUGUGAAAUAAUAUCGAAAACGAAAAAUUUUACGAUCGACCAACAAACAAAUAAUCAGACAUGAUAGUUCGCUGGUCGAACUACUCAUAGUAGCGAGGAUCUAUUCCGAUAUGGGUCAGCAAACGUCGAGGAAGAGCGGCGAGUGCACCUGCGGCUGCGGCGCCUGGGAGAGGCGUCGGUACGCGGAGUCGCCGAGCAGCGUGCAUCGCUACGUGAGCGCCGUCACUGACAGAUGGAGUGCGAGGGAGUGCGCGUGCCGGAGACGCCGGUGGCGCCGGCCGGCCUGCGUGUGCACCGCCUACCGCCGCGUCAGCGACGCCUGCCACGACGACCGUUUGGCUGCAGUACUGACGCUGGGCGCGAGGGACCUCCGGCGGGAAUUGGACGCCAUUGUCAUUAACACGGACACCGAUACGAACCGAGAGAUAGGUGAGCCCACAGCUGAAGUAUAUGUACUGUCAGUGGCGCCUCGGACCGACGGUGAGACCUCCCAAGAGGGUAGGAGGGCGGAACUGGCUCAGGCCAACGAUCCCUCGAUCAGGCGUUUCCAGGUGGUCUGCGGUGGUGAACUGCGCGCGUUGUUGCUGCGCGCGCCCCCCCUCGCGCACCAGCCCCUGCCGCCUCCGCUCACGACAGUUCACACGCAGGUUGAUUACAAACACUGCUUAGUACCGGACUUACAAGAAAUAACUGCUUGCUCGUUCUACUGGGGCAAGAUGGACAGAUACGAGGCGGAACGUCUGCUUGACAACAAACCAGAAGGCACGUUCCUGCUGCGCGACUCGGCGCAGGAGGAGCACCUGUUCUCGGUGUCGUUCCGCAAGUACGGGCGCUCGCUGCACGCGCGCAUCGAGCACUACCAGCACCGCUUCAGCUUCGACUCGCACGACCCCGCCGUGUUCGCCGCGCCCACCGUCACCGGCCUCAUCGAGCACUACAAGCAGGACCCCGCGUGCGUGAUGUUCUUCGAGCCGAUGCUGACGGCGCCGCUGCCGCGCACCGCGCCCUUCUCGCUGCAGCAGCUGGCGCGCGCCGCCAUCGUCUCCCGCCUCAGCUACGACGGCGUGGAGCAGCUGCCGCUGCCGGCCCGCCUGCGCGCCUACCUCAAGGAGUACCACUACCGGCAGCGCGUGCGCGUGCGCCGCCUGGAGCCCGACGCCUACGAGCCGCAGAUGUAGCAGCAUCCGUGGCGCGACAGGAAUGUCGUGCUGCUGAUGUUCGGAGCCUUUGUGCUGCUGCAAGCGAACAGCUUGUACGCGUUGUACCUCAACAUGAGUCAUUUCUAUGGUGCAAAUCAGUGACUGAGUGUAGUGAUCGGGAUGCUGGUGGUUACGGUGACUUUGUGACUAGUGAUAAUGAGAUUGAAGAAGAUAACAGCAUAGAGGAUUCUCCACUGGGGAGAUAUUUUAGUGGAGAGUUUCCUGGCAAUUCCUCCACGUGUAGAUAUCGUCAAGCAGUGAUAUGAACUUAAUGUAAAUGUACAAUUGAAUGUUGAACGACAGAGCUAUUAUCAUUUGUUUAAUUAUUGUUAUCGCGAAGAGACGAUUGAAUAUUACAUAAUGGAACUAUGUAAAUAAUAUCAUGGUUGUUUUGAGAACGAAUUAAGUGCAAUAAUUAAAUAAUUUAUUAAUAGUUACAUGUGAUACCCGAGUUAAACAGGAUUGGAUACAUUACAAGCACAAUGUAACUGUGUUGCUUUUGGAUUACACUUUAAUUGUGUCAGUGGCGGAUUUACUAGCAAUGCUGAACAGGUUUGAGUGUAGAGCAUUCUUUAAAUGAAGUCUUUGAGACAUAUAUCUGAUGUUUUUGACUUCUUUUAUUUUAUUGUAUUUCAUUAAACAAUGGUUAAUAGUAUGGUUGAAAAUGAUGAUUGAUUAGAUUUUAUCAAUUGAAUUGUCCGUCUCGACUAGGGUUUGUUGAUGAUUUUGAAAAUUAACAAACAGGGUUUUGAGUGUUUAAUAGCUGAUGAAUAUUCGUAUGUGAGUUUAUAGUCUUUAUUUGUAAAUCUGCCACUGAACGUAGCCUACAAGAUAUGAACAGAUGGAUGCAUAGUCUUUCUCUAAGCUAUGAUGUCAUAACGCAUCUAUUCUAUGCAGUCAGGCUGAUACAAGAUGUUAUUAAACUCCCCGAGUCCAGUAAUCACUGGCUAUUGACAUACUUGUCAAUGAAAUACACUUAACGUCAAAUAAUUAUACCGUAAUAUUAUAUAUCAAUACUUAUAUUAUAUUUAACUCACAUACUAUAUGUAUUUGUUCCUUGUUGUGAUAAGUUUAGCUAUUUCAUGUCGCUUUGUCUGCUUUGUGACUUACCAUUAUAAAAUUUGAUAGCAUACUGAAUAAGAUUACAUUAACAUGCUAUAUUAAUUAAAAAUAUUUCACUAGCAUUACUCAAUAAAUUCUCUAUAGUUUAUUUCAAUGGUAUGAGGAGUAAAAAUUUAAAUUUAGUUUUGUAAAUAGCUCUGCUGUAUACACUAAUAAUAGUUCUCGAUUAAUAUAUCUAUAUUUAUAAUACAAUAUUAUUCUACGUAACUACUUACAUCCACUUUAAUUUUACUUCCAUAUUACUACUCCUGCCGUUGAAAUUGACUUACAAGUUUUAUGAACAAGGAUAAAACUUGCAAUAAUAAAUAUUGAAAAUGUGUAGAUCAUGAUUUUCUUCCAUAAAUGUAAAUUGUCUAUGAAUUAGAGGUAAAUAUUUACUAUAAUAGUUUUUUAAAUUAUCGAUAAUGUGUCGUGAAAUGAAAUCAACUCGGUACACUCUUGAAAUAAUAUUGCAGGUAAAUUUUAAACUACGAGUAUUCAAAAUUGGAUGCUCCGUUUGAAAAUCAUUUUUGAAGACAGAGGAACGACAUAAAGGCAAGAGCGUUCAUAAUGUGUUGGUAAUUGCAAUGAACAUUACCAGUGGGCCAACGAGAAAAUAGAUCUUUAUCGAUAACAUAAUUCAAUCAAAGUAGUAAAGAUAAACAAACCAUAGAUUUACGUAUUCCAUGCGUUUUAUAGCUCAGCUAUAUACAAAUAAUCCAACACUAUUCCCUUGCAGUUCAUUCAAAGUUUGAUCUGAAGUAUUAGAAUAAGUUAGAUUUGGCCCCCUGGUUUGGUUAGCAAUCAAAUAUAAAAAUAACAGACCUGUUUUAGAAUUAAUGUCAUCGGUAUGCUUAUAAUAUUAAUUACAAAGUACUAUGAAAUUGUAUAUGUAUAAAAAUUUACAUAUUAGAUAUUAAAUUCGUUAUAAUAACUAACGGCUACACCUAUGAACGAUGUUUAGGGGAUGAUCUGUUAAACAAUGACUUAUUCACGGUGACAAAAAAGUUGUGUUUAAUUUUCAUGACUAUGAUGUUGUUUUUUUGUUAAUGGUGUGUCUUUGUGUAUGUUAUGUAGCGGUACUUAGUAUUGUUGUAUUGUGAUGGAUGAGUGAGUCAUGUCGUCCUGACUGCUUCCGGUCACAGCGGUUAAUCUCAAGGUAGACCAGCCAAUUAUGAUAUAUUUUUGUUAUAGUGCUCAAGUGUGUGCACAAACACAGAUGUACUCUAUUUCCUCACUGUCAUAAUCCGUUGGGACGACAAAUCUGAUACGACUGGAAAAAGUUCAGGCGCAGGCCUGCAUGCUUACUGAGGAACAGAAGUGUACACACUUCCAACUUCCUCACUCGGGGCUGAUGAUAUAUAAAUUCUACAGAAAACCCAAUAAUCUAUUAUCAGAUUGAACCCAGGACCUCGGUAGCAGUGGCCUUAUAUGUAGCCAAUAGAACGAGGCUGUCAGUGUAGUACAGUCACGAUGGAGAAACCAUCUUAGUUCCCAAAAUUGUUGGUACACUAAGAGCCCCAUGCCGGUCCAUUAACAGGAAAAAGUUUAACUAAACAUCCUCUAAACAUUGUUUCUAGUAAUGCCGAUUAUGUAUUCGGUGAAACUAACUUACUAAAAUUUGUAAAUAACUAUUUUUCUAAUGUUAACUAUUGUUUUGCCACAAUACGGCAUUGAAAAAAUUGAAAUAUUUUUGGACUGAUACAUUUCGAUUCUUAUAUGUUAUUUAUUUCUAAGAUAUAUGUAUAUAUAUUAUAUUAUAUGUAAACUAUUAAGGUUUAAUGUACGGACGCAGCAACGUCCGGUCAGUGGUUCUCAAUCUGCAGACCUGAUGGGUCCAUGAUGUAACAUGAACUGUCGUUGGAGAAAUUUUAAAAGUUGUUAAUCGUUACUGAUAAUUCGAAAAGAUAGGUGUCGAACAGUAAAGACAAAUAAAUCUGAAAAACGACGUAUCUCGUGCUUAUGAGAGAUAAAGAUCACACGUUAAUUGAUGUCCCGUUUGCUAGCCUGUCUACGGAUUUUUUUUUUUAAUAAUUAAUUGCAUUAUAAUAAUAAUAUUCUACUUAUUCAUAAUAAAAUUAUUAUUAUGGUUAAUUUAAUUUAUUCUUAUUUCACAUACUAACAAAUUAAACGUUCACAAUUUUAAUCUUUAGUAAAAUAAACAUUGUGAAAUGAGAAAAGCUGUAAGUUGUCUAUUUCGAUCGGCGGUUUAGCGAGCGACUUUGUGUGGUAAUCAUAUCAUUUGGUGCGCGAACACCAUAAAAAUCCACUCAUCACUUUUUGUAACGCGUGUGAAAUUUAUAACUUCAAAUUUUAUUCAUAUUUUGUGGUAAUGUCGAAAAGAUUGAGAACCGCUGCUCUAAUCUAAAUCUCGGUUCCCGGCAAGUAUAUAAAAUUUUUGUUAUUUAUAAAAAACGUAUAUAUGUAUAAAUAUAUUAUUUAAUGUAUAAUUUUAUAUGUAUUAUAUUUGUAUAUAUAUAUAUAUCAAGCAUUUGGGAAUAAACAGUGUCUUAGAAUAUAAGAAUUUGAAUAUAUACCGUGAAGUAUUAUAUAUAAGCUAAUAAUUUUACGUAUCUGUAUAUUUAAUGUCCGGUCGCUGAAACAACGUACUGAUAGAUACCGUGAAAAAGUGGACGACGUGACGUUGAAAUGUGGAAUAUCGGUUCAAAUUAUUCGUAUUAGAGUCCAUACUGGAGUGCUACAACCAAUGUCCUGUCAACUUGGUUGGGGGGGGGGGGGAUACAAACACUCCCAAGUUACGUUAACAACUUCGUUGAAAAUCAAGACGUCAUAUUUUCGUGAUACCAUAAUGAAUAUCAUAGAUUAUAUUCAAGCUCUCGACCAAUUAUAUCGCGUUAUUUCAAGGUCGUUGUUGUUUUUCGGUUGGAAUAGACUAGUGUACUAGUCUGACAGGUGAUAGGGUUAGUUCUAUCAGCGUCCGGCGUUUAGUCUAUGCAUUUAUUGUACAGUAAACCAUAGACGGACUUGUUCGCACUGCUUUAAUACAUCGAUUAAUUUUGAAUUUGGACAC